GUACGUUUGAGACCUGUUAUGGUGUGGUUUCACGGAGGUGCAUUUGUUGUUGGAACAUCGUCGCAACCAGAGUUCGACCCUACGGUCCUGUCAGUUGUUGGAGAUCUUAUAAUCAUUAAUGUUAAUUAUCGACUUGGUAUAUUUGGGUUUUUAACUACCGGUGAUGAUGAAGGCAGAGGAAACUAUGGGAUGCUUGACCAGGCGCUUGCAUUGAAGUGGAUCAAUAAUAAUAUUAAAGCUUUUGGCGGUGAUCCAUCAAAAAUUACCAUAUUUGGUGAAAGUGCCGGCGCCGCCAGCGUUCAUCUGCACCUACUUUCUCCAAUCAGCCGAGAUCUAUUUGAUCAAGCCAUAAUGCAA